CCUUUUUAGGUGCAAAGGCUGGAAAGUGUGACAAGUUAGAUGUAUUCUAAAGAAGAAUAGGUGAAAAACGAUUUGAGGCCAAAUUGGGGGAGAACAUGCUGAAUCAUUAAUAAGAAAUUUACGCACAGCAAUUGGAAACAAUAAUGCUUGAACGAUCAGUUACAAAGCCAACUUAACUUGCCCAGUGAAUCAUAAAAACAAGGAACCAUUCAAGGGCAGAAUGCAUGCUGACGCUGAGUGAUCCAAGAAAACUACCAAAAGAUGGAAUCUAUGUGUGACUAGGAAGAUCAGCUGGGAGGUACUGUGAUGUUAUAAAGAAACUGUAAUCUAAUCCAGGUCCCAUCCGACAAGAUCAAAGCUGCAAGAGAAUGGACAGUGAGGUACAGAGAGAUGGAAGGAUCUUGGAUUUGAUUGACGAUGCUUGGCGAGAAGACAAGCUGCCUUAUGAGGAUGUUGCAAUACCACUGAAUGAGCUCCCUGAACCUGAACAGGACAACGGAGGCACCACAGAGUCUGUUAAAGAACAAGAGAUGAAGUGGACGGACUUGGCCUUACAAUACCUCCAUGAGAAUGUUCCCCCCGUAGGAAACUGACACCUGGCUCCUUGUUCAUCGACAGCUUUUUUUUUUUAAAUACAGAUACAAAACAUUUUCUUUCCGUCUCCUAACUUAAAUCUUUUAGUGAUAGAUCAGUGCUCAAAAAUAUACAACUAAUUUUGUGGCAGCAAAAUGCAAUGUGAAAAUACUCAAAUCAGGUUGAGAAGUUGAUUGCAGUUUCUUAGGGAUGUAGAACAUCUGGCCCUUUGAACCUAAAGUUCUUCGUUGACUAGCUUGUGUUUGAACACGGUUCAUUAAACAUUUGCCUUUAAUUCUGA